CGGGGAGUGAGGACCAUGUAUAGGCGCCGCUCGCAGUGUUGCCCCGGUUACUUUGAGAGCGGAGACUUGUGUGUUCCUCUGUGUACAGAGGAUUGUGUCCACGGUCGCUGUGUGUCUCCGGAUACAUGCCAGUGUGAACCUGGAUGGGGCGGACUGGACUGCUCUAGUGGCUGUGAGAGUGACUACUGGGGACCUCAUUGCAGUAAUCGGUGCCAGUGCCAAAAUGGGGCUAAGUGUAACCCCAUCACAGGUGCCUGUGUCUGCACGGAUGGCUACCAGGGAUGGCGAUGUGAGGAGCUCUGUGAGCACGGUUACUAUGGCAAGUCAUGCCAACUACCCUGCCAGUGUCUCAAUGGUGCCACCUGCAACCACGAGACAGGAGAAUGCAUCUGUGCGCCGGGAUACUCGGGGGCUUUCUGUGGAGAGCGUUGUCCCUCUGGUAGUCACGGGCCUCAGUGUGAGCAGCGCUGCCCCUGUCAGAAUGGAGGAAUGUGCCACCACAUCACCGGAGAUUGUUCCUGCCCGAUCGGGUGGACGGGUUCAGUUUGUGCCCAGCCGUGCCCUCUUGGCAAGUACGGCAUCAACUGCAGCAAGGACUGUUCCUGUCGUAAUGGCGGACUGUGCGACCACGUCACGGGGCAGUGCCAGUGCGCUGCUGGCUUCAGUGGACGCAGGUGCCAGGAUGACUGUCCUGUCGGCACCUUUGGUCCGCAGUGUAACCAGAGGUGCGAAUGUCAGAAUGGAGCCAAGUGCCACCAUAUCAAUGGAGCCUGUCUGUGUGAAACAGGAUUUAAAGGCCCUAAUUGCCAAGAGAGAUUCUGUCCUCCAGGCCUCUACGGCCUCAUCUGUGACAAGUACUGCCCCUGUAAUACCACCAACACGGUGAGCUGCCACCCGCUUUCUGGUGAAUGCACCUGCUCUGUGGGAUGGACAGGGCUCUACUGUAAUGAGACCUGCCCUCCUGGAUCCUAUGGAGAGGGAUGCAUGCUGCCUUGUAGCUGCACCAACGGAGCUGACUGCCAUCCUGUCACAGGCUCUUGUAUAUGUGCCCCUGGGUACAUGGGUGAGGACUGUGCUACAGUGUGUCCUCCUGGACUCUACGGACCAAGCUGCAUGUCUACCUGCUCCUGCCAUAAUCAUGCAUCCUGCUCUCCAGUUGACGGCUCCUGCAUAUGCAGGGAAGGCUGGCAAGGUGUGGACUGCUCCAUCCUCUGCUCCAGCGGUACGUGGGGUCUGGGCUGUAAUCUGACAUGCUUAUGUGCCAAUGGAGCUGCAUGUGACCCCAUGGAUGGCAUCUGUACAUGUUCACCUGGCUGGAGGGCACAGCACUGUGGCGAGUCCUGUUCUGACGGCACCUAUGGGCUGGAGUGUCGUGAGCGCUGUGACUGUAGCCAUGCUGAUGGUUGUGAUCCAGUGAGUGGCUACUGCCGCUGCUACCCCGGCUGGACAGGAAUCCACUGUGAUAACGUGUGCCCACAAGGCUUCUGGGGACCCAACUGUUCAGUCAGCUGUUCCUGUCAGAACGGAGGAUCCUGCUCUCCAGAGGACGGUACAUGUGUGUGUGCACCCGGCUACAGGGGGACGUCCUGCAAAAGAAUCUGCUCUCCGGGGUUCUACGGGCAUCGCUGCAGCCAGUCGUGUCCGCAGUGUGUGCACAGCACCGGGCCGUGUCAUCAUGUCACGGGCCACUGUGAGUGCCUGUCUGGCUUCUCCGGUUCUCUAUGCAACCAAGUGUGCCCAAGUGGCAGGUAUGGGAGGGUAUGCACUGAGAUCUGCCUCUGUACAAACAACGGCACCUGCAACCCCAUCGACGGCUCCUGCCAAUGCUUUCCUGGAUGGAUCGGAGCGGAUUGCUCUCAUGCCUGCCCCUCUGGCCACUGGGGCCCUGAUUGUCUCAACUCGUGUAACUGUCACAACGGAGCCCAGUGCAGCGCCUAUGAUGGAGAGUGCAGGUGCAGCCCCGGCUGGACCGGACUCUACUGCACACAGCGCUGUCCUUCAGGGUUCUACGGCAGGGACUGCUCGGAAGUCUGUCGCUGCCAAAACGGCGCAGACUGUGACCACAUCACUGGCCAGUGUGCUUGCCGAACAGGCUUCAUUGGGACGAGCUGUGAGCUGAAGUGUCCUGCUGGUACAUUUGGAUAUGGUUGCCAGCAGCUGUGUGAGUGCCUGAACAAUGCUACCUGUGACUAUGUGACUGGAACGUGCUACUGCAGCCCCGGAUAUAAAGGCAUCCGUUGUGAUCAAGCAGCUCUGAUGAUGGAGGAGCUGAACCCGUACACCAAGAUUAGCCCAGCGCGAGGCUCAGAGCGCCAGUCUGCAGGGGCCGUCAUGGGCAUCAUCUUUCUGCUCCUCAUCAUCAUGGCCAUGCUCAGCCUGUUUGUGUGGUACAGACAGAGGCAGAGGGACAAAGGCCAUGAGAUCCAACCCAGUGUGUCGUACACACAGGCGAUGCACAUCACCAACACAGACUAUUCCCUCGCUGCCGAGGUCAAUCAGAGCCAGGGCAGCAGUGGCCAGUGCUUCUCCAACCCCAGUUACCACACCGUGGCCCAGUGCAAUGUUGUCUCAACCAUCUCCAGCAACCUGGAUGGCAGUCUGACCCUCAAAUCAAGCACUCUGAAAAGCCGAAAUGGCUCAGAAUGGAGAGCCUACUGCAACCUCAAUGACCUCGAUGUUCAACAGGGGGAGACACAGACACAGAGAGGCUCCAAAAAAGAUUACAUCAAGGGCUCCAUGUGCAGCAACAGCUCCUGCUCCCUGAAUAGUGAGAAUCCAUACGCCACCAUUAGAGACCCACCAGGGCUGGCUUGCAAGCACACAGAGAGCAGCUAUGUGGAGAUGAAGUCCCCCUCCCACCGUGAAGUGCCCUUUGGAGGCACUGCCACCCUCCUGGGCAGUGCGAGCAGGAAUGUCUAUGAUGUUGAGCCAACAGUGAGCGUCCUGCAGGGACCCAAUGGAAUGGCCACUGGUUUCUCCCAAAGCCCCUAUGACCUCCCUCGCAGCAGCCACCUCCCCAGCCACUAUGACAUACUGCCCAUGCGUCACAGCCCCACGCACACCCCGCCACCCCCAGAAAGCCCCAGCUCCCUGCUCUAG